AUGGCAGUCGUUCCUGCCUUGCAGUCAUCGUCAAUCGUACGCAGACCUGCUACAGGCCUUGGGUUUGCUGCAGUCGAAUGGCAUACUCGGACUGUGUUCACGAAGAUAAACAAUUCUGCGAGAUGGGCUUCUACCAAGCCUCCAGUCCCACCGGAAGAAAGAGGAAAAGACGGCAAUCAGGCACCACUACCGGACUCUGCUUCUCCAGAAAGUUCUUUUUCACCGCAUCCUCCAGGCCGCUCUCCCAGCCCAAACCAACAGAAUUCUACCAGACCUAUCGAGCUGCCACCUGAUUGGGAUGAGAACCCUGACUACAACAUAUCAGCAUUUGCUGACCUUCCUUCCUCAAAUUUUGGUGUCAAUCAGCAUAUCGUGAUCAAUCAAGAAUUUAAGGAAGCUCUACGACAGAUUCUUUGGCAAUUCAAAGCGCCCAUUCGGUAUGCCUUCGCCUAUGGGUCUGGGGUCUUUCCUCAAACGGCUUCGAGACACCCUAAGCCGACAGCUGCGCACCCUGAUCCUAGCCCUGCUAUAUCCAAGGUUCAAGGUGGCAAUGGCAAAAUGAUAGACUUCAUCUUUGGUGUUUCUUAUACGCAGCAUUGGCAUUCGCUAAACCUGCACCAGCACAGGAAUCAUUAUUCUCUGUUGGGCUCUCUUGGCUCUUCGGCAGUGUCACAUGUACAGGACAAGUGGGGAGCUGGAGUUUACUUCAAUCCAUUCAUUACCAUCAAUGGCACACUUAUUAAAUACGGUGUGGUGAAUCUCGACACUCUGUACCGAGACCUUUCCCAGUGGGACACACUCUACCUGGCGGGACGAUUACAGAAACCUGUCAAGAUAUUACGUGAUGACCCACGAGUCAGGCUUGCGAACCAAGUCAACCUUAUCUCAGCUGUACGAACAGCACUCCUUCUCCUCCCCCCAAAAUUCACCGAAGAAGAUUUGUACAAGACUAUAGCAGGCUUCUCUUAUCUAGGAGAUCCGCGCAUGUCUUUAGGAGCAGAGAAUCUGAACAAAGUUACCAACAUAGUUCGUCACCAACUGGUGAAUUUCCGUCGCCUGUACGCGCCUCUAAUUGAAAACCUCCCCAAUGUCUCAUUUCAAGACUCGCGUUGUACGUCUCCUUCUUGGAUGGAAGAUGAUGAGACAAGUGCAAAGCUUGAACAAGAUAUGGAUCCCCAGAAGCGCGGUAAUAUGGUGAGACGACUGCCAAAGUCGUUUCGCGAGAAAAUAUAUUUCCAAUAUCAAUCCAAGUAUCAAAUACCGGGAGCAGAGUUCACCAAGAUGAUGGAACAGUCAAGUGACGACGAUCCGUCACGAGUGAAGCGCAGUCUGGGUGGACAAUUCGAGCGAAGAAUUGCCGGUGAGGAGCAGAUUUCAUUGACUCAAGAAGUGAGCACUGCCUUGAAGAGCAUCACUAGUUGGCCAAGUUAUGGUCAAACCGCCAAAGCAUUGUUGACGUCAGGUUUUGGAAGAUCGUGGAGAUACGUCUCGGAAAAAAGACAAAAGAAUAGAGAAGGUCUUAUUGACGGGACGACAUGA